AUGUUAUCUUCAGGAACUUUUCGAUGGUUAUGGCUGUAUUUAUUAUUUGGACAAUUGAUGAUAUCACAUGUAAGAACAGCAUGGCCACCAUCCAAUUCUUCAAAUGUACAAGUAUUAGGCAUCUUUGAAUAUCUUACAAAUACUACUGCGUUUAGCAUAUCGUCUGUUCAAUCUCGUGCGAUGUUCAUAUCAGCCAUCUUACUCUCUCAACAAUACAAUAUGACUAUUCAAGGCCAGAACAUUAGCUGGCAAGCAGUAGAAACUGGUGGUGAUCCGAUGACUGCUAUUGCUGAUACAUGUCAAGCAGUUUCCAUCUCAAAUAUCGUCGGCAUAGUAGGACCAGGACUUUCAAGGGAGGCUGUUCUUGUUGCUCCUUUUACUACAAGAGUUGGCAUUCCUGCCAUAUCAUAUGCUGCAACUGAUCCAGCAUUAUCUAAUGGCAAUGCCUAUCCUGCUUUUUAUCGUACAAUUUCAUCGGAUAGGACAGCUGCAUUAGCUUUUGCUCAACUUUUCAUUCGAUUUAAGUGGACAUCAUGUAUCGUUAUCUAUCAAAAUGAUGAAUAUGGAACAGGUGGAGCAAGUGCAAUAGGUGAAAUAUUUAGUGGUAACAACUUAACAGUUUCAGAAGUGAUUGCAUUUGAUAUUGUCACUCUGGCUAUUCAUGGUGACUUAAAAAGUCUUUUAACAAGUAGUGCAGCACGAAUUAUUAUCUUAUGGGCUGAUUCAGAUUAUGCACCUUUAGUUAUACAAAAAGCGCUUGAUUUAGAUCUUCUUGGUCCAGUAUUUACAUGGAUAUUAAGUGUCGCUGUUUCAUUAGAUAGCUUUAAUAGUACAUCAUAUGAUAAAUUAACUGGAGUAAUCGCUAUUGAACCAGUUGGAGGUAGUAUUGUAAAUGCUUCAAUAAACACAACAUUAUUAAAUGCAGCAUAUAGUAUAUGGCAACAAUAUGAACCAGAAUCAUUUCCUGGAUCGGAUAAAGUUAGUUAUCAUGCAUUAUUUUCAUUUGAUGCAACUUGGUUGUUGAUUCAGGGAAUAAAUCAACUUUGUUCAUCUUUUCCUAAUAUUUCAUCAACAUGUACAACAUUCACUGGUGAUUCAUUUUGUUUCAGUCGUCGUUUUGUUAAUUCUGAUAUGCUUUUGAAUGUACUUGACAAUACUUCAUUUCUUGGUGUUUCUGGUCCUAUACAAUUCUCAAAUAAUAUAACUGAUCCUGUAGAUCGUAAUUAUUAUAUUGCAAGAAAUAUUCAACAUUCUUCAACUAAUGUGAGUUAUGUUCCAGUGUUAGUAUGGUCUGAUUCUAAUGGAUGGACAACAGACACACAAACAAAUGUAAUAAUCUGGCCUGGUAAUUCAUCAACAGUUCCUACCGGAUUUGCAUCAGUAAGAGGUUUAACCUUAAGUAUUAUUGUUGCCGAGUCAGCUCCAUUUACAAUGAUGUCAAAAAUACAAGAUGGUUCUGGAAACAUAUCAACAAAACGAACUGGAUAUAUACCUGAUCUACUUGAUCAGUUACAAGGUCAAAUGGGUUUUAUUCCUAAUAUUACUUAUUUUUCUGCAAAUGCCUCAUACAAUGAUCUCAUUAAUUUAGUAGCAAAUGGUACUUUUGAUUUGUUCAUAGGUGAUGUAACAAUUACUGCAGCAAGAAGAAAAAUAGUUGAUUUUUCAAGUUCAAUAUUUGACAACUCGUUAAGUGUGAUCGUAAAAACUUCAGUUAGUUCUCAACUAGAUCUAUGGUCAUAUUUAAAGCCAUUUUCUGUUAAACUAUGGAUAACUCUGCUGGGUGCUACUAUUUAUGCGGGUAUCCUGAUAUGUAUAUUAGAAGGACAAACAAAUGAAGCAUUACAAAAUCGAUCAUUAGUUUCUAUAACUGGAUUAUGUAUGUUGUUUUCUUUUAGUACAAUUAUAGGUGGUGGUGCAGAUUUCGAUGCAACAACAGGUCCUGGUCGAAUAUUAACUGCUGGUUUAAAUAUUUUAAGUUUGAUAUUAGUUGCUGCAUAUACUGCCAAUUUAGCAUCUGAUCUAACAUUGUUAAAGACGGCAGGUAGUAUUUCUGGAAUAGAUGAUAUUAAAAAUGGAAAAGUUUCAUAUAGUCGCAUUGGUAUUAUAACUGACACAUCUAUUGAAGACUAUUAUUUAGAAGAAAUCUCUGGAGGUAGUCAAAAUUUUUAUCCAUUAAUAUCAACAGAUGAAAUGAUUGAAGCCCUUCUGGAUAAGAAAAUCGAUGCAUCUAUUAUGGAUUCUGGUACUUUAGAAUAUUUGACUAAUAAUAUCUACUGUAAUUUAACAUUGGUUGGAUCUGAUUUUAAUCCAAGUUCAUAUGGAAUUGUUUUUCAGAAGAAUUGGUUAUAUGAUCAAGAUUUUGAUAUAGCUAUUUUGACAUUGAGAGAAAACGGUACUUUUGAUGUCUUGCAAAAAAAAUGGUUUCAAUCAAAUAUAUGUUCGCAUUCAUCUGAUACUUCUACUGGCAUGUCAAUUGAUUCGAUGGCUGGAUUAUUUAUGACUUUCGCUGUUAUUAGUGCUAUAGCUAUAUUAUAUUUUAUGUGGAGAAAACGAACAGCUAUAAAAGAUUGUUUUCUUACAUUAAUUCAUCGAAAGAAAGCAUCACAUACACAAGCGAUCGAAUUAGAUAUAACUGGAAGUGAAAUAUUUCCCGAAGAUUCUUCUCAUCAAAAAUCAUCUGUUACUCCUGCGAAGACCGGAGAGAACGUCGCACGGAAAAAACGUCGCAGGCGGGUGUGA